GCCUCGCACUGCGCGGCAGCCGCAGGGGAAACUGAGGCCAGGUGGGAGGGGUCAGGCGUGGGCGGCCUGGGAAGGCCUAACCCCAGAGCCGUUGCCUUCCCCCGCGCCAAGCCUGCCUUCCUACGGCUGGCAACCCGCGACCCACAACCACGUGUGCAUGCGCGAUCACUUUCCUUGAGAACUCCCUCCGGGACGGGGAAUCAAGGCAUUUUGAGAGUAAUAGUUCUGUGUGCAAAUGGACAGCCUGCCCUAGCUUUUGGACACACAAACUUUAAGCCAUGAACCCAGAACACAAAUUCCGACUGGAUUCUAAAGAGAUGUUGGGGACAGCGUGAGGGGAGAGACGGAAAGCCUCCUUUGCAGAAAGGUUCAGCGGCGUCUCCGGGGAUCAGACAAAAGACCACAGCCAUGGAAAACCUGACAGAAAGCUGGUACCAGAAGCUCGACUUGAUGCUGAGGGCCCUGAACCAGACCCUCUACCGCGCCGACCUUUGCCCCCAAGAUGGGAAGCACCUCAAGGAGGAGACCUACGCUUACAUGUACAUCCUCUUUGUGAUGAUCCUGUUUGCUGUGACAGUUGGGAGCUUGAUCCUUGGGUACACCCGAUCCCGGAAGGAGGUGGACAAGCAGAGCGAUCCCUAUCACGUCUACAUCAACAACCGGGUGUCCAUGAUUUGAGAACGGACACAGGGCUGCGAUGCCGCCGUGCAUAAAUUCUUAAUGGCAUCCUUUGGAAGAAGAUGCGUCUUUCAUCACAGCCUUGGCCAGCCUGGCGCCUCCACGUGCUUUGGACUACAACUCCCCAUCAGCCCCGGCCAGCAUGGGGCCGAUGGGAGUUGUAGUCCAAAACAUCUGGAGGGUGCCUGGUUGGCUAAGGCUACUUUUACUGGCUCCACCUUCAGCAUAUCUAUGUCCUGGUGGGUGGAGAGACAAUCUAAGAUGUGGGAGAGACAGGACUCUGUGCGCAAAAGAGGAUGGAUUGAUGGAAACGGCCUUGAAUCACAGAUGAACAAGUGUUUUUAUUUUAUUUUAUUAUAGCAAGUUUAAUUGAUUCCUCCCAAGUUUGCCAAUAAACAAUGAACUGAUCAACAUUCA